CCAUUUGUUUGCCAUGACCAGAGAGACCUCUCCACCUACGGAUACUACCACCCACCAACCCCCCUCCCUCCCGACCUCUCCACUCCCCAAGCGCACUAAGAUUGCCGCCAUGACUACCGAUGCCCCCGCUGUUACUUCUAUCCAGCAGCCCAUGCCCCCGCUGCUGGUGAAGAAGCUCGUUGCUUCUGCUCGCGCCCCGACGCGGGGCUCUGCUUUCGCUGCGGGGUACGAUAUGUACAGCGCUAAGGAGACCGUUAUCCCUGCCAAGGGCAAGGCUAUGGUCGAUACUGGUAUUGCUAUUGCUGUGCCUGAGGGAACUUAUGGCCGUGUUGCUCCUCGUAGUGGUCUCGCUUCCAAGCACUUUAUUGAUACCGGUGCUGGUGUUAUUGACGCCGACUACCGUGGCGAGGUGAAGGUUUUGCUGUUUAACCACUCUGAUGUCGACUUUCCCGUCAAGGAGGGUGAUCGCAUUGCUCAGCUGGUUCUUGAGAGGAUCUACACUCCCGAGGUGACUGUCGUUGAGGAGCUGGAGGAGAGCGUUCGUGGUGCCGGUGGAUUUGGCAGCACUGGCAUCUAAGUUGCCAAUAUUGAUACCUGAUACAAUGGGCUAUAAAAGCAACGGAGUACAUCUAGUGGGAAAGAGUAUCCGGGAAGAUUUAAUGAUUCAUAUGUCGACAACGACCCAAUCAACAAAGAAAUUCAUC